CCCUCCAGCACAGUCAGGUGCACCGCUUCAGUGAUGCUGCCCCUCUCCAACUGUUCACUACAGUAGGCUGCCCCUUUGGAAAGAGCUUGAACUGUCUUUGCUCAAUAACAAGGAGAGGAAAGUACAGGGGCGCACUGUGCUUUUACGCAUGGAAGUUGGAAUCAGCCUAAACACAUUUACGCAUGGCUGUGUCUCGUCUCCUCGGAAGAUGCGUCCGGGCUUGUGAGCUUCUCAGCGCGUCAAGUGCGGGAUAAAAAGUGAGCAACGAUGCGGGGCACGGAGCUGCUGCUCGGGUACUUUCUGGUGAAAGUUAUGGUGUGCGAUGCAGAGGGCGAGCCGGGUCAGACCGUCGACGACUUCAUGCUGGUGACCGGGUUUAACGACUCAAAGGAUGGGGAGAUCGCAGUCACGGAGACCCCGCACAUAGAGGACAAGUGCCGCGGUUACUACGACGUGAUGGGCCAGUGGGAUCCGCCGUUCGUGUGCAGGACGGGCAGCUACCUGUACUGCUGCGGCACCUGUGGCUUCAGGUUCUGCUGCGCGUUUAAAAGCUCCCGGCUGGACCAGACCACCUGUAAGAACUACGACACCCCGCCGUGGAUGAUGACAGGAGGAACGCCGCCAAAAGUGGACGUGGCGCUGGACGCCGCCAAGGAUAAAACCAACCUGAUUGUGUAUGUCAUAUGCGGGGUCGUGGCCAUAAUGGCACUGAUAGGAAUUUUCACCAAGCUCGGUUUGGAAAAGACGCACCGUCCGCACCGAGAAAAUAUGUCAAGAGCUCUUGCACAUGUUAUCCGCCAUCCUGCCUCAGAACAUACGGAUGACAUUGGACUUGGCCAGCACUACGAGAACAUACAAACCAGAGUCACAGUAAACAGUCUCCAUAGCAACCAGAUGAACAACGUGGUUCAAGCAUCGACUUUGAUAGCGCAGCCUUACCCGCUCGUGGGACAGAUCGCCAGCCCCUACGAACAACAGAAGCCUGUCAAGGAUCUCAACAAGUACGCCACGCUUAAGGCUGUGGCAGAGAAAGCUAAUGACAGCUUCUACAGCAACCGGCGGCAAGUGAUCGAGAUGACAACCAAGGGCAGCCUUCCCAUGGAAGCCGUGGACAUGGAGCCGGAGCCAAGCAAUCCUUACAGCCCGCCCAGACAGCUGUCGUCAAAACAGAAUGGACACAAGUACAAGAGCCCCAAGAGCCGCAGCGCCCAGUCGCUGUGCUACGGCUCCAACACUGCCGCCAGCCCGGGGGUGCUAAGAUCCUGGGAGAGCAAGGACAUGCUGGGCCUCCGACACAGCUAUGGCCCAAAGAAACUCUGCAUCAUAGAGAAGGAGCUGCACACCACUCGUUACUUGCCUCCGCAACCGUACUUUGUCACCAACAGCAAGACAGAAGUGACAGUAUGAGGGAAUGUCUGAGCACCAGGCUUAAAAAGGAGUCUGCGUCAAAGGGAGGCAGGAGCUGCUGACUGUGGGUGGUGUUGUCAGACAUCAGCAUGGACUGUACGUGCAGCUGUGCAUGUGAUGGGCAGCAUUUAAGAUGCCACCUCAAGGUGAAGUGUACUAUCAAAGGACUCAGUAUCAAUCACUGUUCUGCAGGAGGGCACAGUGAUGAAUAUGUUCCAUUGGUAUUCGUAUAAUCCAACUGCUAAAACAAAAAACAAAACAUAACUCAUAUAACACAGACAUGACACAUACAGUACUGUUGUCAGUAUUUACUGAGAUAUCAAUGGACCUAAACAUUAAAGUAUAUUGUAUAAUUUUGUUGUCUAAAGGAGAAAACCUUUCUUAUUUAUCCAAUCAAGGUUGAGUGGUUACGUUUUACCGGAAAAUGUACAAAUACUGUUGAUAAUUAAAAUAUUCGGCAAUGUGAGGUGUUGGAUCAAGUGCAUCGUCCAGGGUUGUUAAAUUUGGGGAAAUGACCAGAAUAAUUUUAACCAGCUCAAAUUCUAGCUGUUUUGUUGAUGUAUUUAUUUGAAACAAAAGAUCUAUUAGUCCUCAGUUUAUUACACAAGUUAAUCGGGAAGAACGCAGAGGAUAACUGACUUUGCUAAACUUGAUUAUCAGAACAAAAUGUCUACAGUCCACCUUGAAAACAUGAGCAAUAUCAGUUGGUCAACCACAAUAUUAAUGACCGUGACUGUCACUGAUCGAAAUAAGAAUUGUUUUCAUAUAAGAAACAGACUUUGACACAUAAAUGUUGUCCAAAAGUUAGUUAUUCAGGUUUCCAAAAUGCUUUACAUCCAUUUUGGAGAGGUUCAUAAGCUAAGUUUAUCAUUGCGUAUUUCUAAAGAAAAUAACAAAUAUAUAGAUAAAUGAGUCUGUGAAAGUGUUACUGUUAACCUAAAUGACUAAAGACUUCAGUUUGUGAAUGUAAUGUCACUUUUUAAAGUUGUAGAUGUCUCAUUUUGAAGGACAAAUGCAUUCGAACCAAGUCACUGCCAACAGACAUCCUACUGAUAUGUUUCCAUGAUUACUUCUGUAGGAGAAGUAGCAGCAGAGUGUUGAACCAGUGUCGUAUUGGUGUAAUAGUGCCUCUCAUCAGUACCAGCAUGUGUGUGGUUAUCCUGCUGUAGAACAAACUGUAGAUGAAGCCCCAGUAUUAGAACAGUGAUUGGUCUUAGUUAUACAUUACACCCCCAACAAAAGUCUUGUCAGUGUAAAGAUUGAGGCGUAGAGUUUGCAUCAUAGUUAAAGCUCUCAGCUUUUAUUAAAAUGUGUAUGGUUUAAUUCCAAAUCUCACACUUAUUGAAUGUAUCUGGACUGGACAGUCUGAAACUAGUGGUACAGUAACAGUUUCCAGUGUUGGAGGAUAACAGUUAAUGAACUUCUGUCAUGAGGAUAAGUGUAAAAAUGUUGUUAAGUAUAGUAAAGGUUUUUUUUUGUGUGUUAUUACUCAAAUAAAUGGGUCAACUUAAGACAUAUGAAACGUUUUUUGUUUGAUCGACCCUAUACUAUACUUUACUAUAACAAUAUUUACCUGCUGUAGUGAUGUUUUAGUUAACUAUUGAAGAAAUAUGUUUUAAUAUUGGUCACAACUAAUUAUCUUAGCAAGGGCUGGGUGAUAUUAAAAAAAUCAAAUCAUGAUAUUUCUGACCAAAUAACGCGAUAUCGAUAUUGCAACAAUAUCGUAGUGUUGACUGUUGGUGCUUUCACAAAAUAUUUACGCACAGGGCUGGGCAAUACGUUGAUAUUAUAUAUGAUAUGAUAUACUGCUCAAAAAAAUGAAGGGAACACUUAUCAUCACAGUAUAACACCAAGUCAGAUAAACUUCAGGGAUAUCAAUCUGUCCAUUUAGGAAGCACAAGUGAUUGUGAAUCAGUUUCAGCUGCUUUGGUGCAAAUUAAAGUGACAACAGGUGCAAUGGAGAGGCAAAAGCAAGGCAACCCCCAAAAGGGAAUGGUUUUACAUGACAGUUGCUCUCUCCUUAUCCUUCCUGACUGAUUGCUCUGUGUUCUGCUGGUGUCCUUGUCACUACUGGAAGCAUGAGGUGGUACCUGCAGCCUAAUCAGGUUGCACAGGUAGUCCAGCUCCUCCAGGAUGGUACAUCCAUACCUGUGGUGGCAAGGAGGUUUGCUAUGUCUCCCAGUCUCAAGAGCAUGGAGGACAUACCAGGAGAGUGUUACAUGAAAAGAGCUGAAAAGGGCCACAGAAGGGCAUCAACCCAGCAACAGAACCGGUAUCUGCUCCUUGUGCAAGAAGGAACAGGAGGAGCACUGCCAGAGCCAUACAGAAUGACCUCCAGCAGGCUACUGGUGUGCAUGUUUCUGACCAAACUGUCAGAAACAGUCUCCAUGAGGGUGGCAUGAGGGCCUGACAUCCUCUAGUGGUCCUCUAGCAACAUGCAGGCCAAUUGGCAUUCGCCAGAGAACACCAGAAUUGGCAGGUCUGCCACUGGUGCCCCGUUCUCUUCACAGAUGAGAGCAUGUUCACACCACGCACAUGUGACAGGUGUGAAAGAGUCUGGAGAUGCCGUGGUUACCGUUAUACUGCCUGUAACAUCAUCCAGCAUGACUGGUUUGGCAGUGGGUCAAUGAUGGUCUGGGGAGGCAUAUCGUUGGAGGGUCGCACAGACCUCCAUGUCAUAGCCAAUGGUACUCGGCUUGCUGUUAGGUAUCAGGAUGAAAUCCUCAGAGCAAUUGUCAGACCAGGUGCAGUGAGCCUUGGGUUCCUCCUGGUGCAGGACAAUGCCCGGCCUCAUGUGUCCAGAGUGUGUAGGCAGUUCCUGGAUGAUGAAGACAUUGAUGCCAUUGACUGGCAUUCUUGUUCCCCUGACGUUAAUCUAAUUGAGCACCUAUGGGACAUCAUGUAUCGUGCAUCCGAUGCCACCAAGUACCACCACAGGCUGUCGAGGAGCUCACUGAUUCCCUGAUCCAGGUCUGGGAGGAGAUCCCCCAGGAUACCAUCCACUGACUCAUCAGGAGCAUGCCUAAAUAUUGUCAGGACUGCAUACAGGCACGCGAGGGCCGUACACACAACUGAGUCACAUUAUGAGUUGCUGUUAUAAAUUAACAUAAGUUGGAUCAGCCUUUGAUUUCAGUUUUGAAUCCAGCCCUCAGUGGGCUGAUGAUUUUGGUUUCUAUUGACCAUUGUUCCGUCAUUUUGUUCUCAAUAAAUUACACAAUGCACAUCAGUAAAGAUUUUCAACUUGAAUAAUUUGUCUAUCAGGAUCAAUGUGUGAUUUAAGUGUUCCCUUCAUUUAUUUGAACAGUGUGUAUAAUAUAUGAUAUUAUAUGAGGCUAUACAGCAUCUAAAAUUUUCAAUAUCGUAAUUUUUGUAUGUUCUAGCUGCUCUAUUAUUUGCCUUUACCCACUAAGUACUCCACACUACUGAUGAUUAUCAAAAAAUCUCACUUGCAAAUAUUUUGUGAAAGCACCAAUAGUCAACCUUACAAAAUCAUCGCAAUAUCAAUAUCAAGGCAUGUGGUCAAAAUGUGGACAUAAUGACUAAGUGAGUAAAUGCAAAUAAGAGAACACCAGAACAGUCUGGUAAGUUCAGAAAAUUGCAUCACUUUACUGUAAUUCAGCCUUUAAAACCACGAAGAGAAUUCUCACGAUACUGCGAUAGCCAAAAUCUAAGACAUCUAAUCUCAUAUCACAAUAGCCAUAUACUAUAAAUAUGUUGCCCAGCCUUAAUCUCAGCUGAAGCACCGUACCGAGAACUCAUUAACAAAGGACAUUCGCGCUGCGCUUGGCAAAACGUUUUUAAUUAAAAAGUUUCUCAGGUGCAAUUUGUCAUCUGUUGCACUGAUUCUCCAGCCAAGCAAUAUAAAAAGAUGCUCAUGCCUGCCUGCAAGUCUUACUCAUGCGGUCGACUAUUUCAAGCAGCCGAAGACAAGGCUGCACACAUAGGUGCGCUCAUAGCUCAUACACAAGUGGGAAGUGGGAACUGCUGGGACAGUAUAAUGGUGUGUUUAUGUAUUCUCAAGUCCAAAUCGUAGCUGUUAAUAUUCUCACAGACUUCGAACCAAACUGUCUUUUCCAGAAUAUGUUGAUCUAGUGCACUGAACUGUUCUUUCACUUAACUGUUUAAGUGUUUCACUGUUAUAUGAAAUCUGUUAUUCACACUAUUCAAACGCAACUAUUAAUUCAGCUGAGAUUUUUAUUUAUUUAUUUAUGCAACCAAUGCUGUAUAGUUAUUGCCACUGAAUGCUAUUGUUUUGUGAGUGCACUCUUUUUUUUCCCGAAGAUACUGAAAUCACUGUUAUUAAGCUACAGAACACCGUAUUUACACAUGAAGAUCUACUGUUAUACUGCCAGUUAAACACAUUAUGUGUGUAUCUGUUUGCUUUGCAACACCCAGAAAGAAGAUCACUACAGCAAUGUUGUAUUUUGGUAAAGCUUAAAGGAAAGUCCCCAUGAUCAAAGUUCUAAUAAUACAGCUCAUUACAAUGACUACCAGGUCUUUGUAUCUCUGUUAGCGCAUUAUCAGAAUAUGCAUUUGAUUGAGUUAUUGCUCUAAUGAAUGUUGUUAUGUGUCUUGUUAUGUACAAAGAUACCUUGGUUCAAGAUGCCCUGUUAAAUAUACACACAACCUCUGUAUUCGACUGUUCACAUCUUCCAGUUAUUGGAAAAUUACUGAGCAUUAAAAUGUUUUCCAUGCAUUCUUUGUGCAGUAAAAUAUAAUCCCCAUGUUGCCAGUGUCCUGCAAAAACCUUAAACUUCUAAAAGAAAAAUGCUUUUGUUAUAUUGAAUUAUAUAAAAUAACAUUAAAACUAGUAAUGCAGUUUUAUUGUGGUAUUUUUGAAACUAAUUCAGUGCGGUAUGGAAGAGUUCAAGGUUCAUGAAACAUUUCUAAAUGUGGAAAACCUUCAUGACUGCCUUUUAUGGGGACACUGCAAGACAGUGCACGCCAACGAUGUCAACUUAUUAGAUGUACCAAGUGUAGCAUACCUUGUACAAAGGAAACAGUCAUUGGCAAUGAGCAACUGUAGCACAAUGUUAGGGGACUCCAUUUACCUGUCAGUGAAGCUACUUCAGCUCUGAGCAUUUUGUAAUUGGUUUGUUCAACUGACUUACCUCUUUCUUUUUAACUAAAAGGAAAACAAAUAUUUGGCCGGUGGUAGGGUUUAGUGUGCCAGCAGCAAAAGAAAAAACAGAUGCAAAUAAUCACAAACAGAUUUCUACAGAGGUAAAUUGUCUGUAGCAUUUUUGGUGCUUAAUUUUUGUAAUUGUGAUUCUAGCUGACUCCAUUGGCUGCCCCCUCAACACCACACCAGAUGGUAUCAUAAAAACAUGGAGGAGCACUCGAGUGCAGCCAAAGGACCUCUUCUGUAUGAUAUACUACAGUUUAUGGGACUUUCUGUUUUAGCGUGCUCCAGCUGUAA